AUGAAACUUAACCUUAACAACACCAGGGUGUCUGAGUUCAUCAUGGAGGGGCUCUUUGGUUUUCCCCAUCUCCAUGGUCUGUUCUUCGGAGUCAUCCUGUGCCUCUUCAUGGCUGCUGUCCAAGGCAACUCCCUGAUCAUCCUGGCUAUUGUCUUUCACCCACCUUUGCACAAACCCAUGUACUUCUUCAUUGCUAACCUGGCUGUACUGGACAUUUUCUGCACCUCCUCUGUUCUGCCCAAAAUGAUGCAGUACCUGAUCCUUGGGAAGAAAUCCAUCUCUUUUAAUGACUGCCUGGCUCAGCUUUUUUCCUUUACUUUCUCAGCAGCAACAGAGCUUGUGCUCCUCAGUACCAUGGCCUUUGACCGGUACAUGGCCAUCUGUCAUCCCUUACACUACGUAACCAUCAUGACAAAGAGAAUGUGUAUUAUAUUAGCAGUCUGUACCUGGGCACUUGGAGCCAUAAAUUCCUUUGUGCACACAUUGCUCAUGCUGCCUCUAGAUUUCUGUGGGCCCAACCUCAUCCAGCACUUCUUCUGUGAGAUCCAGUCCCUGCUGGCAUUGUCCUGCAGCUCAACUUACCUCAACCAAGUCAUGGCCUUCAUGGCUAAUAUUUUCCUAGCCAUGCUGAAUUUCUUUCUAAUCACCAUGUCCUAUGGCUUCAUCAUCAGAAGCAUCCUAAAAAUUCAGAGCUCAGAAGGGAAGCAAAGAGCCUUCUCCACAUGUUCCUCACAUCUUGUUGUGGUUGGUCUCUACUACUCCACUAUCAUCUACACCUACAUCCGGCCACCUUCCAGCUACUCCCUGGAGAAUGACAAGAUGGUGGCUAUUCUCUACACACUUGUGACUCCUGUGCUGAAUCCCCUGAUCUACAGCCUGCGCAACAAGGAGGUUAAAGUUGCUUUCAGGAAAGUCCUUGCUGUCUGCAAGAGAAAUUCAUCUUGA